UAGACAUCGAAACCAAUUGGAUAAUGUUCGGGAUGGAGUACAGGAGAAAAAGAUACAUGUUUAGGCUAAUAAAGCGUCAGGGUUCCUGUGCAUAUUGUAUCAUCCUGAAAAUAAUCUCUGGCCUACCUCUAUCGUUGCCGUAUCUCUUUUUCAUCCCAUGAAAAACUAGCUUUCAGUGAUCCAUCUCUGUCUUAUCUCCCAGACCGUCCUCAACCACCUAGCAAGCCCAUUGUGUUGCAGGAAGAUGUCAAGGCCAGGAAUGUGCUAUUGUCCUGGGAGCCAGGCAGUGAUGGGCUGUCACCUGUCCGAUACUAUACUGUGCAAACACGGGAACUCCCUGAUGGGAAAUGGAUGUUACAUUCUGCAUCUGUGAAGCACAACACCACAUCCUUCAUUGUGAACAGAUUGAAGCCAUUCACCACCUACAAAUUCCGUGUUAAGGCAACCAAUGACAUUGGUGACAGUGAAUACAGUGAAGAGUCAGAAUCACUCACCACACUACAGGCUGCCCCAGAGGAAGCUCCCGCCAUUUUGUCAGUGACACCGCACACCACCACAUCCGUGUUGAUCCGCUGGCAGGCCCCAUCUGAGGACAAAAUCAAUGGCAUCUUGCUAGGCUUCCGCAUCCGAUACCGGGAGUUGCCAUAUGAAGGGGUACGAGGCUUUAUUGCCCGUAGCAUGGGCAGUCCCAAUGCCAGAUGGACAGAGUUGACCCCAACAUAUGCCAUGCGGAAUUUGAGCGAGGCCUCCCUGACACAAUACGAGCUGGACAAUCUGAACAAACACCGUCGCUAUGAGAUCCGCAUGAGUGUCUACAAUGCUGUGGGUGAAAGCCCCACCAGUUCCCCCCAAGAGGUCUUUGUCGGUGAAGCUGUCCCUACAGCUGCACCACAGAAUGUAGUUAUACAAACCAUCACGGCCACCCAACUUGACAUUACUUGGGAGCCACCACCUCCUGAGACACAGAACGGAGAUAUCCAAGGCUACAAGAUUUAUUUCUGGGAAGCUCAGCGGCAGAAUGAAACCGAAAGAGUGAAAACACUCUUCUUACCAGAGAGUGGUGUCAAACUGAAGAACCUGACGGGCUACACUUCCUACCUCAUCUCUGUCCUUGCCUUCAAUGCUGCAGGUGAUGGCCCCCGCAGUAUCCCUAUCAAGGGCAGGACCCAGCAAGCAGCCCCCAGUUCCCCAGGCUCUGUCAAAUUCAGUGAACUUACCACAACUUCUGUGAAUGUGUCUUGGGAGCCCCCGGUCUUCCCAAAUGGAAUCCUGGAAGGCUACCGGCUUAUCUAUGAACCCUGCAUGCCUGUGGAUGGGGUCAGCAAAAUUGUAACUGUGGAUGUGAAGGGAAACAGUCCUUUGUGGUUGAAAAUCAAGGACCUGUCCGAAGGUGUCACCUACCGAUUCCGAAUUCGAGCCAAGACUUUCAUUUAUGGGCCGGAAGUAGAAGCCAACAUCACCACAGGGCCAGGGGAAGGUGCUCCAGGUCCUCCCGGUGAGCCGUUCAUCUCCAGAUAUGGUUCAGCCAUCACAAUCCACUGGUCGAGUGGUGAUCCAGGGAAAGGGCCCAUCACCAGAUACGUCAUUGAAGCACGUCCUUCAGAUGAAGGGCUGUGGGACAUUCUCAUAAAGGAUAUUCCCAAAGAAGUGACUUCUUACACUUUCAGCAUGGAUAUUCUGAAGCAGGGGGUCAGCUAUGAUUUUCGAGUCAUUGCUGUCAAUGACUAUGGCUAUGGGACACCUAGCAGCCCAUCCCCUUCAGUGUCAGCUCAAAAAGCCAAUCCCUUCUAUGAAGAAUGGUGGUUUCUGGUGGUCAUUGCUUUGGUGGGACUCAUCUUCAUCCUCCUCCUCGUCUUUGUCCUUAUAAUUCGUGGGCAGAGUAAGAAGUAUGCCAAGAAAUCUGACUCAGGGAGCAACUCCAAGUCUAAUGCACUUAGCCAUGGUGAAAUGGUCAGCCUGGAUGAGAGCAGCUUCCCUGCUCUAGAACUGAAUAAUCGACGCAUGUCAGUAAAAAAUUCCUUCUGCAGGAAGAAUGGAAUAUAUACAAGGUCCCCACCACGGCCCAGCCCAGGUUCGCUGCACUAUUCGGAUGAAGAUGUUACCAAGUACAAUGACCUCAUUCCAGCUGACAGCAGCAGCCUUACCGAGAAGCCUUCAGAAAUCUCCGAUUCACAAGGAAGUGACAGUGAGUACGAAGUGGAUCAGAACCAUCAGAAAGCCCAUUCUUUUGUCAACCAUUACAUCAGCGACCCAACUUAUUACAAUUCAUGGAGGCGCCAGCAGAAGGGCAUCUCCCGCGCUCAGGCCUACAGUUAUACAGAAAGUGACUCUGGGGAGCCUGACCAUUGCCCUAUGUCCAACAGCACCAGUACCCAACAAGGCAGCCUCUUCCGACCCAAACCCAGUAGGACUCCAACCCCACAAACCCCAGUCAAUCCACCUAGUCAGCAGAGCACUCUUUACCGACCACCCAGUAGCCUUGCCCCGGGAUCCAGAGCCCCUAUUGCUGGGUUUUCUUCCUUUGUUUGAUCUGUCUAAAAGAAAGAAGAUGAUGAUGAAGAAGAAAGGGGUAACAACAAAAAAAGGAUGGAUUUAAUAAUAACAACCAUGACUUUUGGGUCCAGAAGUAAUGAGAUGAUGUUGGAGACAAUCAGGCAUAACCGAGAUGGGAUUCACUGACAGCUCCUGCUUCUAAUAUUGCACAGUGCUCUUCAAAGGGAUUCAUCUGUCUGCAGAUGAACAUCUGGAGCAAAAUAGGAGAUAAGCUUGUUUUCAGGCCUAUUGUUGAAAGAAGGCUGGAAGGCAACAGGGUAAAACUGGGAGCCUCGAAGCUAAGAGGACAUUUGGUAUUAUAGUCACACCUCCCUGCAGUUCAGUUUUCUAGAAAAAGAGAAAAAAAAAGUUGAUGUUUCUCAGAAUAGUUUAUCGGGGUUUGAUUUGUUUGUUUGUUUUGUUCUCCAACCAAAGCUUUCCUCGGAGGGGAACGGGUUAGGGCUCUGCGAGCUGUAAAUAGGAGCCAGUUGAAUUGCUACAGUCAAUGGUCUAUAUGCUGGAUGCAAGGGCGAGGCUCAAAGGACUUGUCAGUAUGAACAUGCUCCUGAUGGCUAGCAACUGGCCAAUAAGAAAUGGAGACUCCUGAGACUCACCAUGGCCACACCAUGCCAUGCCACGGCACCAGUUGCAGGGAGAUGGAACAACUUUGAAAAGCUUCUCAGAUUGAUGCUACCUUGAAUGAACUAGAGGGGGGGUUAAGUGGGAGGAGCAGCACCCACACUUGGAUCACCUUCUUCCAUUCGCAACCAAGAGGCUAUGCAGAAUUUAGCUGAGCUCCACGGUGCUGACUAGACUCUGUGCUGUAUCGUUUUCUUUCUGUGCAUUUUGUGUGAUGACGGGAGAGUGCAUUUGAGAACGGUUGGAGAAACUUGCAGCCGUCAGAGGAACUGUAAUAUUGUCACUGGGCAGCCAGUGCUCUUGGUAUCUCCUCCGCUGAACGUGGUCUUCCUCUCUUAUUGUGGGAGAAAUACACAUCCGCAUCCAACCAAGCCUCAAGACAUCCACCCCACAUGGUUGGCUGGUGUUUCUCCGCCCCCUCAUGUCUUCUCAGAUCCUUUUUCCCCCAUUCACUUCACUGGGCAAGGAGGAAAGAAGGAAAGGGAGAAACCCUGGUCCAAAUCAAAUGCAAUUUGAAGGAGCAAAAUACAGACAGAGAUUGUAUCAGGUACGAGAUGCAGAUGUGCUCAACUCAAUCCUGCACAGCCCCCUUCGUAUUGGAUCACUUCAGGGAGUUGUUCUUUGGCUUCACUGCGGUGUUUGCCCCUCUGGUUUCAAAAGUAAGCCUCUUUUACAGGUCCACGGAAGUGGAAAGUUUCUCCCCAUAGUCUUUUAAGGGAUUUUUUUAAAAAAAAAAUAUUCACAACCACAAAUAUUAGGAUGAGGAGAGGAAGUGGAAGUGAAUGAGGGGCAAAAUACAUUCAAAGUUACAGUUCUCCCUUUUUUGCUUUUUUUAAAAAAAAUAUUUUAGUGCAAGGGUCAGGUAAAAGUUAUGUUUCUAAGCAUCGAAUAGAGUAUAUAUACACACACACACACACAUACACAUGAGCAAACACACACACACACAGAGUGCCUAUUGAGUCCCAAGAUCUGCAGUGGCCAUAUUUUUUUUUUCUAAUAGAGUUUUGGGCCAGAGCAAGAAGUCCAGGAAUAAUGGGAAAAGGGGAAAAGAGAAAGGGUGACCAUUCCACUUUUGUUGGGUUAUCUUUUUCCCUUGGCUAUAGCUGUCUUCAUUCUAUUCCCUCCACCUCACCCCAUGCCUUUAUUUGCACAUUGUUUUCCAAGCCUGGUUUACAAAGCAUUGAACUGGCACAUCGGGUCCUUUUAAUAAAGAAUCA